GUAACCCCCCCACCCCCCACACAUACACAUUUUUUUUUAACUUCACUGUUAGUAUUGAAUUUUAUUGCAGUUAAACACAUUGUUUGUGCUACAUUCAUUUAUUUUCCUUGCUGAGAGCAGCAAUUAUUCUGUCUAAUAUAAAAAGAACAGAACUGUCCUUUUUCCAUCAAGUGGAAACUUGCCCUGAGGCUGCUCUCUUUUGCCCAGCGUUCCCAUCUUUAAAUAGGCUGCUAUUUUAAUUCUAAAGCAUAACGCACACCCCCGAAGGCCCGAGGCAUGCAGCCUAGAUUUAAUGCAGGGGUCAAAUGUCCUCACAACACUUAGAGAUGCAGUGUUGUGAGUAAAUCAGAGGAGUCUGGAGACUAAAACCAGUGAUAUUAAGCUUCUGUGAUGGUUUUGGAUUUAAAAAGGCCACUUUUUCCACAUCUGAAGUCUUGCUGAAUUGGGAGGAAGAAGCGAUGUCAUAUGCAUCCAAACUUCCUGCUUCCUGGAAUGAUGAGCGACCACGUCUGAAAGUGGAAAUUGAUCUGAGUUCCCCCGGUUUGGCAGUGUUUGAGCUGGAAAGGCUCCUGUUUACGGGCAAAGCCAUCAUCAGUCACGCAGACGAGGUGUGGCCGAGGCUUUACGUCGGUGACCAACAGAGUGCAGAAAACUUGGCUGAUCUAUCCAAGCACUGCUUCACUCACAUCCUGAAUGCAGCUCAGAGUAGGGGAGGAGGGCAGCCAGACAUAUAUGAGGGAAUGAACAUCACCUACAUGGGCAUAGAGGCACAUGAUUCCUGCAGCUAUGACAUGAGCAUCAACUUUCAGGCUGCAGCAGAUUUUAUCCACAGAGGCCUGAGCAGAGGAGGCAAAGUUCUGGUGCAUUGUCAUGUGGGAGUCAGCCGCUCUGCCACCCUGGUGCUGGCCUACCUGAUGCUGAAGCACAAGCUCACCCUGGUAGAGGCUAUUUGUGCUGUGAAGGACAAUCGGGGCGUGAUCCCAAAUCGAGGUUUCCUCCGACAGCUCAUCAAACUGGAUAAGCAGCUCUUUGGAAAACAUGACUAAACCAAGAGAAACCAUGACCUCAGGAGCAUUAUAGUCCAGUCAUCUCAAAUCAUUUUAUUUCUUGUUUUUGACUUUCAAUAUUGCUUUAUUGUUCUUAAAUUGACACCUUUGUAUUUUAUUUACAUAUGUAUAUUCUGAGGUACAAGCUUUGAAAACUUAGAAACCCAUUGUGAUUACUUAUGGAGGCUUUUUAAUCUCUGUAACAACCCACGUCUGUAACAUAAAGACAAGCUGUCAAUAUUU